CUUAAAAAUUGGUUUUUUCAUAAAUAUAAACGAAGAUAGACUUUUCCUAUGGCCUUACAAAUGAAACUUGUAGAGUCCCUUCUGCAAGGUCACUUCCUUCUUCAUCCAAACCUUGAAGCUUUCGUUUAUAGAAGCGUCCGCUCCUUUUUUUGUAUAUAGUUAACUUUGCUUAUAUUUUUUAUGUAUGCAGAGAAGAAAUUUCUCACAUCCUCCUACAAAGUAAGGUAUCAUGGAAGCAAAACGAGAUUUUGAGCAAUUGCAACCCAUAAUUGAGCAAGAGUCCCAGGCGAAAGAGGAUACUGUUCUAAAGCCAUGGUCCUUUCGUCAUCCAUGGGCUUCGCUGGUAAUUGCCGUUGGUUUAUUGGUAAUCUCUUGGUAUGCAUCUUCUUUGCUUCUAUCUAUGAUGAACAAAUGGGUUUUUUCCAAAGAUAAACUCGAUUUUCAAUUUCCCUUGUUCCUCAGCAGCAUUCAUAUGCUCAUCCAGUUUGCGUUUUCCAAACUGACGUUGCUAGCACUUCCACAAUACCGACCGAAAACACAAACUAGCAUCAGUUGGAAAGAGUAUCUUUUUCGAUCAGGUAUUUGUGCUCUCGUCACGAGUCUGGACAUUGGUCUUGGCAACACUUCUUUAGAAACUAUUACUUUGUCCUUUUACACGAUGUGCCGUUCCUCCAUUUUGGUAUUUGUAUUUAUUUUUUCGGUUCUUUUUCGCAUUGAGCAGUUUGACUGGAUCCUUUUGUGCAUUACAUUCAUUAUCACUGGCGGUGUCAUCCUUAUGGUCGCAACUGAAACUCAAUUUGUGUUUUCUGGUUUUCUGUUUGUGAUGGCCUCGUCAAUUAUGUCUGGUCUUCGAUGGGCGUUAACGCAAAAGCUCUUGCUUGACCAUCCAUUUACAUCCAAUCCUUUUACGUCUCUUAGUGCUCUCACCCCUCUCAACUUUUGUUUUUUAUUUUUAGCAGGUUUAAUUUUAGAAGGACCAAAACAGUUUGUGACUUCUGGAAUUUGGAAGCAACAAGGCCCCUUUAUGUCCGUUGUUUUGAUUGUUCCCGGCACGCUUGCUUUUUUCAUGAUUGCUUCAGAAUUUGGACUCAUCAAAAAGACAAGUGUGGUUACUCUCAGUGUCUGUGGUAUACUAAAGGAAAUUAUCACCAUUGUUGUAUCCACGUUCUUUUAUCAUGAUAUUUUAUUGCCUAUUAAUAUCAUUGGAUUGGUUAUUACACUGGUUGGUAUUGCAGUCUAUAAUUAUUAUCGCAUUGCUUUUACCAAAACUCCUGCUCCCCAACAAGAAACCGAAUAUAUAGCUCUCCACGAGCGUGUGUAAUUUGUAAAAAUUACUUUGAAUUUAUUUAUGAUUUCUUUUUUUUUAUUCUUUUUAUUGCUUUCACCCUCUUAAUUCUUCUCCACUCAUAAUGUUUAGCGGUUUUGGUUAUCUUUCUUUGCGUGGACGCUAAUUGUUGUUUUAUUAAUUCUAAAAACGUUCUUUUCAAUCUCAAGCUUUGCGUUUCAUCGUGAAUAAGUAAAGGAAAUUUAGAAAGCAAAGUUCCCUGCUUAAUGAACAACAUAACGAAUAGGAUUACUUUACACAAUCCAACAUGACCUAUUACAUUAUGUCUCGAGUUUAUGUUAUGUUAUUAAUUCAAUGUAAUGAAUUCAAUUUUGAACUAGACUAAUACUUUGCAUGUUCCUUCAACCAGUUUUGGAGGUUUAUUUAUCUAUUUUUUCAAAAGAAUGGGGCACAAAAAUUGGCUCAUAACUUCAAUUGAUCUGUUUUAUUCCAUAAAAUUUAUGCUACAA